AUGGCCGAGGCAGAUGACACCUGGUCUGUCAAUGCCAAUGAUGCCCUCCUCGUAUCACUAGUCAAGCCAUCGACCGACGGAUUGAAGACGAUCGCGAGCUUUCAACCUGAACACACAUACCCUAUCUUCGGAGAUGACCAACGCAUCUUCGGUUACCAAAACCUCAAAGUUAGUCUUCGAUAUCAUGCCAGCGAUAUGCGCCCGAAUCUCCAGGUCUCCUACAGCAAGAAGUUCAAGGCAGUAGGAGAUACUGAGCCGACAGAUAUCCACGAGGCACUAGAGGGAUUCCUUCCAUCCGUUGCGCUUUCGAGCCCGAAGGACUUUGAAGCGGCGAUUAAGCAAGUACCGACCUCUUGGACGCCGCCCGGAGAGCUUGUCACCAGCUUCGACACCAAGGACGGACAAUAUGAGAUCUGGAAAGGCAGCUUGGCGGAUCCAGCUGUAAAGCAGCUGGUCAACCGAAUCCAGAUUCUGGUCUCCUUGUUCAUUGAGGGAGGCACGCCCAUCAAGACGGAAUCUGACGAUGACGGCGAAGCAGACCCGCUUGAUCGCUGGGCGGUAUUCUUCCUAUACCACAAGCAAGAGGUUGUAGGACAGCCAGAUAAAUUCUCUUAUGUCUUCGCUGGCUAUUCCACUGUCUAUCAGUUUUUCCUAUUCCAUGGCCCUACACCCCCAGCUACUCCUACCAAACAGAAGGCUGCCAUUCAACCGGCGACAAAUGAUGCAUUUGAAUUGCCUAAGGGGGAGACUCCCUUCACUGACUUCCCAUGCCGCUCAAGAAUAUCUCAAUUCGUCAUCAUUCCGCCAUUCCAGGGCAAGGGCAGCGGAGCUCGUCUCUACAACACUAUUUUCAAGCACUACCUGGACGCAAAACAGACUGCUGAGAUCACGGUUGAAGACCCGAACGAGAAGUUCGACGACUUGAGAGACACAUCAGAUCUCGCAUUUCUCCGGAAGAUACCCGAGUUCAACGACCUCAAGAUCAACACCAGCAUUGCUGUGGAUAAGAAAGGCCCGGCGCCUCGAGACAUCGUUGAUCAUGAGGCAUUGGAAAAGUUGAGACUGAAAUACAAGAUCGCACCACGGCAAUUUGCUCGUGUCACCGAGCUGCACCUCAUGUCUAAACUUCCGCCGUCAGUCCGGCCAGGUAUUGAGGUGCAAGACUCGAAGAGACCCGUGACCAAGGACCAAGAACAUGAGUACAGACUCUGGAAGCUGCUUGUUAAGCAGAGACUCUACAAACACAAUAUUGAUGCCCUUGGUCAGCUUGAGAAGCCCGAGCGUAUUGAAAAGCUGGACGAGACUCUUGCUAACGUAGAGUUCGAGUACGCGCGACUCUUGACCUUGUUUGACAUUCGCAAUCAGAAGUCUGGAGCAGCGUCCAAUGGCAAGCGGAAAGCGAUUGAUGAGCCUGGAGAGCCCACGAGCAAGAAAGCGAGAGUUGAGGAUGCAUAG